AUGAAUAUUUAUGCACCACAAUCUACAAAUGCAAAAAGAGCACUCUGGGAGCAUAUUAGAGAACAAAAAACAACAUGUGGGGUUAUUUGGAUUAUAUUAGGGGAUUUCGACCAGGUUAGAUCUACCGAUGAGAGAAGGAGCUGUAUUUUCGACCCAACGUCGGCAGCGGAUUUUAACACCUUCAUAUACGAAGCAAACCUUGCGGAAUAUCAAAUGAACGGGUCUAAAUUCACGAGAUGGCUGGAUAGCGGAAAAAAAAUGAGCAAGCUAGAUCGGAUGUUGGUAUGUGAUAAAUUUUGGGGCCUUUGGCCUACGGCAUCGCUACGGACCCUCCCGAGGAAUCUCUCGGAUCAUUGCCCGCUCAUUCUCAUCACUACAACCAACGAUUUUGGCCAUAUACCAUUCAAGUUCUUCAACACAUGGCUCUCUAAACCGAGUCUUGAUGGGGUGGUUCGCUCAUCCGUGGCCUCUUUCUUCUGUACUGGCCCACCAGACGUCUUACUAGCAGAAAAAUUAAGAAGCAUCAAAAAUGCAAUCAAAGUUUGGAGUAAAAAAAACAGGGAAGAUGAGAACAGAAGCCUCAACACCUCGGCUGAUGAAUUGAAAAAAUUGGAUUUAGUAUGCGAAAAUCGAGACCUAACAGAGAAUGAAAGAGAAGUAUAUGAUGAUCAUAAAAACAACAUUAACAUGAUCAACGACACCCGACUCAAAGAACUACACCAAAAAUCGAGGGUUAAAUGA